ACCUUUUUGAGAAAGGUUCACUCAGUUCUUCAUUGAAGACCUGAGAAUAGCACCACAGACGCAGGGAUAUAAUCAACAGAUCCUGGAUCCGUGGGGUUUCCUGCUAUAAGAUAUUAAGAUGAGCACAGAAGCUGUUGAACAGACAGAAUCUCAGCAUGAACAAGCUGACAUUGAACAAAACGGCAUUGGCUUCACCAGACAAAUUAAGACUGAGAACCUGAAUGAUUCACCUCAUUCUGUUUCGUCACACAAGACAUGCCACCUAACUCAGGGAUCCCCGGUGCCUGGAGGCCAGCUUACUGGGGAGCUGCCCUCCCUGCACUCUCUGCCCCAACUAGUCCUGAUGCCUGGAUCUCACCUGUCCUCUCCUUCAUCAUUUCUCCUCUCGCAGGCCCAAUCAGGACACCAAGCACUGCUGCAGCCCAAUCUGCUUUCAUUGCCCUCCCAGUCCCAGACAGGACUCCUACCACACCAGCCUGGCCUCGCACUCACCCCUCAGGCAAUGAGCAGGUCAGGUCUGGCUGGCUCCUCAAUGGACGGACACCUGGAUAUGUCUCACCUACAGGUGCCUAAACAUGUGGGAUCCCCUCAAGAGGAACCCAAUGACCUGGAGGAACUCGAGCUGUUUGCUAAAGCCUUCAAACAGAGACGCAUCAAACUCGGCUUUACUCAGGGUGAUGUGGGUCUGGCAAUGGGAAAGCUGUAUGGAAAUGACUUCAGUCAGACUACCAUCUCACGCUUUGAGGCUCUCAAUCUUAGCUUCAAAAACAUGUGCAAGCUCAAGCCCUUGCUGGAGAAGUGGCUGAGUGACGCAGAGAACUCACCGUCCGACUCCAUGACCAACCCCACCACCCUACCUCCCCUUCUGGAGGGUUAUGGGAGAAAGAGGAAAAAGAGAACAAGCAUCGAAACGAACAUCAAACUCACACUAGAGAAACGCUUUGGAGAUAACCCAAAACCCAACUCUGAAGAGAUCACACUCAUCUCAGAGCAGCUAUCCAUGGAGAAAGAAGUAGUGCGAGUUUGGUUCUGCAACCGACGGCAGAAAGAGAAGAGGAUAUACUGCCCUAUUUCCUCUUCACCUAUGAAGUCCCACAACUACAACCCUCGUCUGCCUUCAACUUCCCGCUCAUUCAGUCCGCUCACUGGAGGUGUGUCAUCAAGCUCCUCCCCCAGCAGCCCCAGUCGAGGCUCCUCCCCCAGCACGCUGUCCACUACAUCCAGCCCCCUGACCACACAGGGGGUCAAUCAGACGUUCAACUCCCCAGGAUCCUGGUAUCGCUGGAACCCCACGUCAUACCACCACUGAGCCGCUCUGAAGGCAACAGCUUCACUUCAUAACGUACCAAACGAGAGAGAAAUACUCAUCCUGUAAUGUUUACAAGCAGCACUAAAUAAGGAGGCAGAACACAGGGAACCACUCUUCUGCCUCUCGUGGUCUUAUGUUCAAAGGGCUUGUGAAUAGAGCUUCACUGCUAAUACCGAAGGGAAAAAGCACUAAUAAGCAAUGGCACAUUGUUUAGAUAUGCAAUCUUGUGAUAAAGAACAUGACAGACAUGUUUGGCAUUUUCAGCAGAGCUUUAAUGUGCAUGAAACCUUAUUUCACUUUCUGUGUCAAAUCUCUGUGCCAAUUUUGUUGCAGAUGAAGGUUCGAAUCUGGCUUUUUGUGGAUUGAUAACGUUGAUGUGAACAACUGCACAUAACCAAAAACAAAACCACUGAUUUUGAAAUAUCUUGUUUACAUAUAGCUUUAUUAGAGACUUGUUUUAAAUGACGUAAAAGGGUACUUUUAUGAAGAAGUUUCAUACGCUAGUGUUCUUGAGCAUCAUUGGCCCUGCUCAAGGUCAAGACUGGAACAGCUGGCUCUGAUAUUUGUAGUAAAGUUGAGACAACAUUUAGUGGUUCCUUCAACAGUUUACAGUUCUCAAUAUAUUUUCGGCAUACACCUAGUUUUGUGUUUCUGGACAUUUCUGAGGAUUUCUGUCAGGGAAAAUUUUUAUAUGCAGUUCACUCUAAUUUUAUCCAACAUUGUCCAAAGCAUUUGAAGUUCCUUAAAUUUCACAUUUUAGCUUUUAUGUAUGACUAAUAAUAUUAUCUAGAUAUUGUUUGUUUGGUUGGUUGUUCUUUGCUUUUUUUUUAUUUGAAUAACACUGUUGUAUAUUUCUGUUUCUCUGUUUGACUUAUUAAAAU